UAUUUCCUUUUGGUGUGUACCAACCAGGUACCGGAGAAAAAUGGUACACAAAAUAUUCAAAGCAAGAAGAUGCGUAUUCUAUUGAGUUAGACUUUUCUGAAUUUAUUGACGGUCUAAAUAAUGUUAAGGUUGCUUCUCCAACUUCUGAAAUUGUAGGAAUAGCGAAAUAUCCCAUGUCUUUUGUUUAUAGAAUAGGAAAACCUUUCAAACUGGGUAGAGAAAAUCAUGAGUUUGUGAUUUACUGUCCUGAUUCAAUUACAGACGAGAACGGGACACUAUGUGUUAGGACUGGCAUUGAUUUUUUAGCCAUCUCCUCCACAACAUGUGAUACAAAGUAUUCGAAAGAGAUUAAGGAAUUUCUGAAAGAUUAUUCUAUCCAUAUUAAGGACCUUACCAAAACAAAGAACGAAAUCAUAAUUAGCGGGUCUAAGAUGUUAUCUACUGGUGUAUCACUUGGUGAAAAAUAUUGGCUAUUAGAUCCAAAGACAUCUCCAAAAAGAUUUCUAAUGACUUUGGGAAAUAAUGGCUCUCAGAAAAACAUAGGAAUAUUUCAAUGGUAUGACGAAAACAAUGAUGAGAAGGAAAAUGAUGAAACAGAGAUUAACGACAAUGAAGAUGUGGGAUAUAUGAAUGAUAUAGAUGAUAGAUGCGAUGAGGAAGAGGAGAGUAGACUUGAAGAAGAGAGGAAAAAGAAAGAAGAGGAAAAAAGAAAACAAGAGGAGAAGAAGAGGAAUGAAGAAGAAAAAAGAAAGAAAGAAGAAGCAAUAAAGAUUGCAAAAGAGGAGAAGAGGAGGAUCGAAGAAGAGAGGAAAAGAAAACAAGAUGAGAAUCAAGAAUCAAGAAGAAAGAGAGAAGAAAUAGAAAAUAAGAAAAGAAAAUAUUAUGAAGAAAAACAAGACAAUGAACCACCAAUGAAAAAGAAAACGAAUGGUAUUUCUUUCGUUGAAUGGUUGAAAAAAAAGAAUAUUACAGAGCUGGAAUUGUCAAACAUUCCACUAUGUGAAAAAACACCAUUAGAAUACCUUUGUGGAAUGAAAAUAGAAUAUUGGCCCUUGUUUGAAUGUUACAAAGCUGUUUGUAUGCUUACCUUACAGCAAUGUCUGAAUGGUGAUAAGUAUGACCUUG